GUGUGUGUGUGAGAAAGAGAGAGAGAGGGAAGGGGAAGUUAAGUUAUUCCCAAUUUAAGGAGUAAAUAUCAGCAAGUAAAUCUCUGUGAGAAGCAAGCAAGACAAGGAGGAGGAAAGGGAGAGGGAGAGAGAGAGAGAGAGAAAGCAGGUGGAUUUAGACCAUCUCAGCUCUGGACUAAAGUUCUACAGUGUGAGAAGAGAGGAGGCCACAGCUAGAGAGAGAGAGAGAGAGAGAGAGAGAGAAAGAGGGAAUAGGUCAGUGCUGUGUCUGGACCUUACAGCCUCACCAGAAGACAACAUGACCACACAGAGCCCGGUGGUGUCGGCACGCACCCUGUCUGAGGAGCAGUUCCAGUGCUCCAUCUGCCUGGAGGUGUUUGUGGAGCCCGUGUCCACGCCGUGUGGCCACAGCUUCUGCAAGGCCUGCCUGCAGGGCUACUGGGACCACAGCAAGAAGUUCAGCUGCCCCAUGUGCAAGAAGAGCUACGCCAAGCGGCCCGAGCUGUCCGUCAACCGCGUGCUGGCCGAGAUCGCCGCCCAGUUCCAGGGGAUGUCCGUGCUGGAGGUGGGCGGCGGAGGAGGGGGAUUCCCCGCCGUCGCCGUCGCCGCCGCGGGGUCACCAGGUGCCUCGCCGGGGUCGCACAAGGGCAAGUCGAAGGGCGGCGAUUUCGCCCAGGAGGGGGAAAUACCAUGUGACGCCUGCAUCGGGAGGAAGCUGAAGGCUCUGAAGUCGUGCCUGAACUGCCCGGGUUCGUUCUGCGAGACGCACCUGCGGCCGCACCGCAAAGUGAAGACGCUGCAGUCCCACCGCCUGGUGCCCGCCGUGGCCCACCUGGAGGACAAGCUGUGCCGCAGGCAUGAGCGCCUCCUGGAGGCCUACUGCCGCAAUGACCACGUCUGCGUGUGCCCCGAGUGCGCCGAGACCAGCCACAAGACCCACGACAUCGUGUCCGUCGAGCGCGAGUGGAAGAAGAAGAUGAGUCAGGUGAAUAAGAGGCGAUCGGAGAUCAAACACCUUAUGAAAGAGCGGGCCAAGAAGCUGGACGAGAUCAAACAGUCCAUCAAGGUCAUCAAGUCCUCGUCCCAGAAGGAGCUGGAGGAGAGCUGGCAGGUGUACGCGGAGCUGCAGAAGGUUCUGGAGCGCAGCCAGGCGGAGCUGGUGGAGGCCAUCACGGGGCGGCAGCGCCAGGCGGAGGAGCAGGCGCGCGAGCUGGCCCACGGCCUGGAGCACGAGCUCGGACUCCUCAAGAGACGCAGCAACGAGCUGGAGGCCCUCGCGCUCACGCAGGACAGAGUGCUCUUCCUACAGUUGCUUCCUACACUGCCUCCGCCGCCCGAACCUUCUGAUUGGUCAGCUGUGUCCGUGAACACAGACCUGUACUUGGGCACAAUCAGGAAGUCGGUCCACUCCCUGGUGGACAAGUUCCAGGAUGAGCUCAAAAAGCUGCAUGGCAAAGAACUUGGGAAGCUGCAGAACUACGCAAAUGAAAUAGUCCUUGACCCUGUCACCGCUCAGCGCAGUCUGUCCGUGUCGGAGGACGGCCGGCAGGUGCGCUACGAGGAGCACCGCGGCGGCACGCACGGCUCGGAGAACCCCCGGCGCUUCAGCCCGGCCCUCUUCGUGCUGGGCCGCGAGGGCAUGUCGUCGGGCCGCCACUACUGGGAGGUGGAGGUGGGCCGCAAGACGUCCUGGACCCUGGGGGUGGCGCGCGCCUCCGCCCGCCGCAAGGGCGAGAUCAAGCUGAACCCCGAGGGCGGGUUCUGGUGCCUGUGGCUGCGGGACGGCAAGUUCAAGGCGCUGACCACCAACCGGGUCACGCUGGAGCUGCCGGCGCCGCCGCAGAAGGUCGGCGUCUUCCUGGACCACGACGCCGGCCGGGUGUCGUUCUACGACGCCAAGGCGCGCACGCACCUGCACAGCUUCCACACGGUCUUCGACGGCGAGAGCCUUCACCCCAUCUUCAGUCCGUGCCCCAACCAGGACGGCAAGAACGGAGCGCCGCUGGCUCUGACCACGGUCAAGCAUGGAUGAGUCCACAGCCACACCGAGGUGGAGGGACAAUUUGGUAUAUUGAAUGACAAACUCAAUGGAUUCCUUGACUAUUUGUCGAUGGAUUCCUUCACUGCACUCUUUUUAUGAACCUAUGGUAAGGGGAUUGUGAAACACUAUCACACCUACAGAGAAUUAGGGCCGACAGACUACGCACUUGCAUUUUUCCACAACAUCUACAAUGGGUGACGUAUAGGAGAUGGGUUUUCUAAUGUGGUAAUGAUAUCUAAUAAAAAAAUACCUGAAAAACAAAGUUUUUCAUAAAAUGGCUUUCACUAUUAUGAACACGAACUAUGAACCCAUCUGCUCUGUACUGCCAUUACCAACAACACGCGUGUUCAAUAUAUGGUGACGGGAUACGGUGACUUAAGGUGACAUACGAUUUGUACUCCUGUGACUGUAGGCUUUCGUUUGAUCUCCACUGCCCUGUUUUCAGUCAAUGUGUGAGGAAUGCACACAUCCCUAUUACACUGCAACAUCAAUAUCUAUCCAUCUCCACCGAAUCAUAAAUAAUCAUCUUGGGAUACAAAAGUUUGGAUUUUUGUUUUUAAUAUAAUUGUUUUAUUUUUCAGAUAAUAUAUUUUUAGUGUUGUACUUACUUAUUGUGUAUUGAUACGUGUACUUAAUACGGGUUAAACUGGACUCAACUGUACUGAACUUUUUGCCAUCUUUUAAAAUAAAGUUUUCACGAAC